ACCCUCAGGCCUCGGGUGAGGCCGCUGCCCCCUUCCCCGGCGAUAGCAGGGGCUGGCCCCGCAGCCGGCCAUGGGCCCGGCCUCCCGCGGCGACGAGGGAGGCAGCAGCCGCCCGAGAGGCCUCGCCUGCCCCGGGCUGACUUCCACGGCCGGCCAGGCCGGGCGGGCGCCGCGCUAGCGGAGCGCUUUCCGGCGCCGUUUGUCUCCCGUCUCUUCCCGUUCGCUGGAGCAGCAGCUGCUGCUGCGCAACCCCUUCCCCGCCCGCCCGCCCGCUCGCCCCAGCGGCGUCGCCUCCCCCUCUCCGCCUGGCACAGCGCGAUCCGAUAGACAUAAAAAGCUGAAGAAUCACAAGCUGAAAUGAGUAACCAAGAGGCUGAUGUUCUACGUUGCUGGAGAUGUAGAAAAUAUAUAGCCAAUUCUGUUUGCCUUGCAAAAUGUCAUGGAAAAGAACCAUCUGAAACAUCACAACCUUCAGCUGCUGCUCAGGAGUCUUGCAAUGUAUGGCAUGUGAACUUAGAAGCCAUCCCAGAGUGGGUGAAAUGUGUCAUUGAAAAGGCACAGUGGACAAUUGGAAAACUGCACUGUCCAUUCUGUGAGGCCUGCUUAGGGGGCUUUAACUUUGUUUGCAACACAAAAUGUUCCUGUGGACAGUUAGUAAAUAUACAUUUCUGCAAAACUCGGACUGACUAUCAGCCAGCUUUCUCUGUUGAAUUGGCAAAACCAUCAGGAAAACAGUUACCUCUCCUCAAAAUUCAGCCUGGUUUUAGCAAGGGUACGUCCCAUGAAGUGGAAACUGCAGCUUUGAAAAUCAGAAAUCAAGGGAUUUCAUACAUGGCCAGAAAUAAUAAUGGAACUGAAAGAUUAACAGAAGCACUUUGUCUAGAAGUAAGAGCUCCUGGAUUUGAGAUGAGAAGUAAAAAACUUCCCUUAAAGGCAUUAUAUAAAAAAAGAAAUCUUUCUGCUUCCUAUCCUAUGAAUGAUGCCUGCACUGUAAAACCUUUUCACAGAAGAUCACGUAGUUUGGAUUUAAAUAUCAGAGAGAGACUUGUUUUGUCACCUGUGUUAUAUGAAACUUGCAGCGUGGGAACAAUUUACCAUGGCCAAAAUGAAAAUCCACUUUACACACGGAGUGGCUUGCAAUUGGAGUCCAAUAGGAAAGAUAGUAGUUCUUUUCAGGACCUAUAUAGAUUGAGUGCUGACAAACUACUACAAAAAAGGUUUCGAGUUACUUCCUUUACUACCUUACUACAUAGAGAAACAGAAAGUAAAUGUGAUUUUGAAGCUACUGGACAAUCUUCUGGGAGUGCCAUUGCUGAUGGGUCACCAUUUGUGAUGGAGCUUUCUUCACCUACAAGUACUCUAGAAGAGGAACAGUACAUCACACCUGUUGGUCUUGUGCAGCCUACGAGUAUUUCCUUCAACCAAAAGCUGAACAAGAGAGAAAGAAACAAGUUGAAAAGCUUGAGGAGGAAACAAAGAAGAAGAGAACGAUGGCUACAGAAGCAAACUGCAAAUGAUAACCUGCAUACAGACGAUGAGCACGAACUCAGAAGGGAUAAAGAAAACUAUCUCUGUGCAGUGUGCCUGGAUGUUUAUUUCAAUCCUUACAUGUGCUAUCCAUGCCACCACAUCUUUUGUGAACCUUGCUUAAGGAUGCUUGCCAAAGACAAUCCAGCCAGCACUCCAUGUCCACUGUGUCGCACUACAAUUGCCAGAGUCUUUUUCCAAGCAGAACUGAACAACUCUACCAAAUCUUUUUUCCCUAUGGAAUAUUUGAAGUUAAAAGAAAAUUUUCAAAAAUCAAAUUCUGCAAAAUGGCCUCUACCAAGCUGCAAGAAAGCCUUCAGAGUUUUUGAAGCAGGUUUUCAAAGACGCUCACAUACUGUAACAAGGAGGCAUUUCCCACAUGCUGCUCACAGGAUGGACUACAUGGACUUUGAGGAUGAUAGCCGUGGAUGGCGGUUUGAUAUGGACAUGGUGAUAAUCUACAUUUAUUCAGUCAACUGGGUAAUAGGAUUUAUUGUGUUCUGUUUUCUUUGUUACUUCUUUUUCCCUUUUUAGCCUGUAGUAAUCACAGUUAAGGAAAACAGCAGUCCUGUGAACGACAAUAACAUGAAAAGAAAAGACUUGAAGAAGGCGAAAUGUUUGAUAAUGUGUUUUUAUAAUUCAAAAUUGUAAUAGACAAUGAAAUGUGAUCAAGCAUGCUGCGAGGCUAUUUGAUACCUCUGCUAUGUGUGACAAAGUACUUGAGUUUGGUUCCAAAUAUGUGAAAUGCAGAUCAUACUUCUUUCAGUGGGAGUUGAGCCUUGAUUUUGGUGGGAACAGGGUUUAUCUCCAAUGUAUAAAAUAAUUACUGUGUAGAAGUAGACUACUACUUGUUCGUAGGGGAGUUCUGUGCACUACAACAGAAUAUGAUCCGUAGAGUCAUUCUGGGGUUUGACUCUAUGUUGACACACUUUGCUCAGUCAUUGGUGCUUCAAUUCCUCGUACAUAAAAGCAAUAAAGAUGCUUCCCAUUUACAGUCAGAUCUUCUGGGAACAGAAGAUUAUAAGCACUGCAGUGCUGCGCCAUGAGUUUUAUAGGGAUUCAUUAGAGCUAUUUGAAUGUUUUAAUCCAAAUCCUGGAAAAUUUUGACAAUUGAUAGACCUGUCAGCAUUCUGCUGUGGAGAUGUGCUGUACUCAGUGCCUGAACUUUUGAGCCUAUUAACCAAAAAGAGAAAUGAUACUGCACAGUGUGCUGACAGUUCAUCUUUUCAGCAAAUGGCAAUCAGAAGGAAUCAAGUAACAACCCCAGGUUCUGCACAUUAAAGGGACCAUUUAUGUGCAGAUUCCCAGAGUAGCACUGUACCUUUUCUUAACCAUCCAGAUGAGUGUGUUUGGAUCCAGCAAGACAGCUAAUGAAGGGCAAGCAGCAGGCCUGCUGGCUAUGAUGCUGAGACGCUAACCCCAGUAAAUAUUGGAGAAAGAAGUAUUCUCCAGUGUAAGAAAUCAGUAUCAUUAUUAAAUUUCUGUAACAAUUUUAGGAUACUCUCAAGCGUGGGCUCACCAUCUCCCAUCUCCAGGGAGAUCACGUAAGAGGACACAGUAUUUAUUUGCACCUUUCAUGUGAAACAAUUCUAAAGCACUUUAUAGUUACCCUGUAUAUAGAUUGCGGAGCUACAGUACCAAACUGCAGCCAGUUCAGCAAUCGUUCCAUACUUGCUGCUUUAUACAGUAUUUUCAAAUGAAAGUGAAAGAGCAUCUAUUAAAUUGCAAAAUGGAGGUCAGGAACUACUGUGGGAAUCAGGUGCCGAAGAAUGGUACAAGGUAGUUCAGGGGCUUACUUUUCAGGAAAGUACAAGGAAUUUUUUAUUUCUAAGGGCAUGACCCUGCAAAGUACACUGUGGUUUCAUCUAGAAAAGCAUGUGAGUAUAUAUAUAUAUGUAGUCCCUCUGGUAUCGGGAUUUGUGUGGGAGACCUGUGGUUUUUCAGUAGGUGGUGUACUCCCCUGUUCUAGCGGAGAACAAGGAGAAAUGUGUUGUGGAAGGUGCCAUCUGCCAAAUGCGAUGGAAUAGAAUGAAUUCAGGGGUUUUAUUAAGCGUGUGCUUCUGCAUCUUUACUGGAGCAGGGCCAGCUUGGUCAGUCCCUUAUAGGCUAUAAAGUGACCAAGACUAGAAACUUUCACUUAAUCUGAAAAACAGCAGUAAAUCAGCUACUAAUAUUUGGUUUUCUUACAGGCUGCGUAAAAUAAUCUCUUUGAGAAUAUAUGUGUAAAUUAAAAAUUACAAUUAGUCUAACUACACUGAUUGGACUAAAUAACUUUUGCCAUCUUUUUUUAAUAUAUGCAAGUUUAAGGGGAUAUAAUAAUUGAAAUUCACCAUCACCACAUAGUCAUGGUUGUGACAGAAAUGCAUUUUCUGUAAUUAGAGUAUAUCUAGUUACUUUGUCGCUACCUAAAGGUGAUUGGUUCUAUUACUAGUGGCAUUAGGCAUAACGUUUUAAAAGCUUUAAGGUUUUAGUAAAGCACUUGGUGAAUUUUCGUCUUUCGGUUCAUACAGUGAAGUCUUUUAAAAGCUAGGUCAUAGGCUUAUGUUUUGCUAUAUGUAGAUGUGUUAUGGUCAAUAAUUUAAAACAUUUUUCUUACCUAUGCCAGGACAGGGAUUCUAGCUGCAAUUUUUGUUUGUCUCUCUAAUCUUAAGAAUUUACUGCUCCUAUCUCAGCAACGAGAGGGACUGAUUCACCUGCUAAGCCAAAAUUGCUUCUACCACAAAGUACUAAAAUAAAAAGAUGUCAUGAAAAAUUACUUUAAAUUAGCUGACGUAGUCUGAAAUUCCAGUAAUAAUGUAAUUUAAAAUUAUUUAACUAGGAUAUCUGCUAAAGCAAUAUCCCUAAGUAAAUAAUCAAAAAUAUAUUGAGACAUAAGAAACAUAAUAUAGGUACUAACUAAUUAUAUGAGAAAGAGUUACUUACAUCAUUUUUAAUAGCAUGUUACCAUGGUUUUAUUCUGAAAAAGGCAACAAAGGAGAGUAAAAAAUCCAGUGUAAUAUUGGCCUCUUUUGUACAGCAAGAACUGAUGGUUUGCUGCAUUUUCCUAAAUUUAGUAGGAGUGACAAUCUUGUAUAGCAUUUCUAACUGUGUAACUCAACCUUUCUUCAAGGCCUAAACAAUUAAGUGUUUCUUGGGCUAUAUUGUUUUAUUUUAUAUUGGUUGUUUUUAAUUCAAGGGGAUAAUUAGUUUUAAAAGAUUACAAAUGUACAUAAUGAGGACUGAUGCAACUCUGAGAGACAUUCUCCAUAGGAAAACACUAACAGCAUAGAGUGGAGGCACUUUUUUUGUCCUGUAUUGCUUUUUUGAGAUACAUACUUUUAUAAAAAUACAAUAACAAUUCAAAGGCUCAAAUUUGGUUUUCUUUGAAGUCUGCCUGUAAAACGCUUUUGAUAUCUGUGGCAGCAAGAGCAAGUCCUUUGUAAGCAAUUUUCUGAGUAAAUUGAUCCAGCUCUGUAAGCUUGUCUUUCUUAUCUAC